CAAGGCGAUUCCGUCAGGUCGCGUCGCGAUGAAACCAGAGCCAGGGGCAUCCGAGCCAUUUUCUAACAAAGACAAGGAUAUUCUCGUCAUUCCAGGCCAAAAAGAGCCGAGCUGGGGUAUAUUACCUUAGAGCAACGUUCCCAAGGCAAGCCUCUCUCUCUCUCUCUCUCUCUGGUCUUCCCUGCUUCUCUGUGAAGAGCGGGACAUUUUAUCCUGUAAUCAUUCAUUUGAUGGUUUGGUAGUCCACCGGCAAGAGGUCCUGAUCUUGAGAGAUGCUGCCUCCCUCUCUGAGGAAGAUUCCAGGCUUCCCUCACAUCUGACUCAGAAUGCGGGAGUUUUCAGGCGAUGAAGCUACCGAGUCACCCAACAAGAAGAAGCAGGACUACCAUAAGGAGCUUGUGGUGGUCUCUGUACCACCAGCUUCCGUGCCCCGAGCCCGAUCCCAGUCCACUACCCGCCGUGUAACACCCACCAGCCCCACCUCAGCGACCACCGCCCCCUCCGCUGCCGUCGUCGUCGAGAAGCUACUCCCCAACGGCGACCUCUAUACCGGCAGCUUCGCCGGAAACGCCCCCCACGGCACCGGAAAGUACCUCUGGAAGGACGGAUGCAUGUAUGAGGGCGAGUGGCGCCGCGGAAAGGCAGCGGGUCGAGGGAAGUUCUCGUGGCCCUCGGGCGCCACAUACGAGGGCGAGUUCAAGGCCGGCCGCAUGGACGGCAUCGGCACCUUCACGGGAUCUGACGGCGACACUUACGUCGGAUCGUGGGCCGCGGACCGCAAGCACGGCUUCGGCCAGAAGAGCUACGCCAACGGAGAUUUCUACGAAGGGGCGUGGCGACGUAAUUUGCAGGAAGGCCAGGGGCGGUAUGUGUGGAGGAAUGGGAAUGAGUACGUUGGGGAAUGGAAGAACGGGGUCAUUUCUGGAAGAGGGGUUUUGAUCUGGGCGAACGGGAACCGUUACGACGGGCUCUGGGAAAACGGUGUUCCGAAAGGAGGCGGAGUUUUCACGUGGCCAGACGGGAGCUGCUACGUCGGGAGCUGGAGUAAAGAUCCGAAUUGCCAGCUGAAUGGCACCUUUUAUCCCGGCGGCAACGGGAAGGAGAUGAAUCAGAGGCGGAGUCCGACUGUUUCCCCAUUCGAAGAGAACUACAGUAAUUUCCCACUGCGGAAGAGAUCUUCAGUGGAUGGGGAUGCCAGGGGGAGCUUGGCGGAGCGGAAUUUCCCCCGAAUUUGUAUUUGGGAAUCGGACGGGGAUGCUGGGGAUAUCACCUGCGAUAUCAUCGAUAACGUUGAGGCUUCGAUGUUUUACAGGGACGGGACGGGGUUGGAUCCAGGUGGGGCCGCAGAGAAGCGGCGGAGCCCCUGCUAUUUCACAGGCGACGUCAAGAAGCCCGGGCAGACAAUAUCAAAGGGGCAUAAGAACUAUGAUCUGAUGCUUAAUUUGCAAUUGGGGAUUAGGUAUUCGGUUGGGAAACCGGCUGCAUUUCAGAUGCGGGAGCUCAGGCCUGCAGAUUUCGACCCGAGGGAGAAGUUCUGGACGAAGUUCCCGUCGGAAGGUUCAAAGGUCACUCCCCCUCAUCAGUCGGUGGAGUUCCGGUGGAAGGAUUACUGCCCCAUGGUUUUCAGACAUCUGAGGAAACUAUUUGAGGUAGAUCCAGCUGAUUACAUGUUAGCCAUCUGCGGCAACGAUGCGCUGAGAGAGCUGUCUUCUCCAGGGAAGAGUGGUAGUUUCUUCUACCUGACCCAGGACGAUCGUUUCAUGAUAAAGACAGUUAAGAAAUCAGAAGUGAAGGUGCUUCUUCGAAUGCUUCCCAGUUACUACCAACAUGUUUGUCGGUAUGAGAAUUCGCUGGUCACAAAGUUCUUUGGCGUGCAUUGUGUUAAGCCAGUUGGUGGCCAAAAGGUCCGCUUCAUUGUAAUGGGCAAUUUGUUCUGCUCAGAGUACUGUAUCCACAAGCGAUUUGACCUGAAAGGAUCCUCCCAUGGCCGUACCAUUGAGAAGGCCGAAGGGGAGAUUGAUGAAACAACCACCCUAAAGGACCUUGAUCUCAAUUAUGUGUUUCGCUUGCAACGAUCUUGGUACAAAGAUCUUCUCAGACAAAUCGAUCGGGACUGUGAAUUCUUGGAAGCAGAGAGGAUCAUGGAUUACAGUCUCUUGGUGGGUAUUCACUUCCGUGACGACCUUUCUGCUGGGAUGUCACCAAUGGCUUCGCCGCCCAGCAAAAGGGAAUCAUUUCAAGGUGAAAGAAGUGUAUCUGAAUGUCGCCUCGUGGAAGCAGAGAGACGUGACAUGGAUCGGAUUCUCUCUGGCCGGAAACCGUUGAUACGGUUGGGGGCAAACAUGCCUGCAAGGGCGGAGCAGGUGGCAAGACGAAGUGAUUAUGAUCAAUAUCAAUCAUACCCCUUGUGCGGUGGUGGGUCGACGCCUUCCCGCAGUGGAGAGAUAUCCGAUGUGAUCCUCUACUUUGGGAUAAUUGACAUCCUCCAAGACUACGACAUCAGCAAGAAGCUGGAGCAUGCUUACAAGUCCUUGCAGGUUGAUCCCGCCUCAAUUUCAGCCGUGGAUCCGAAGCUCUACUCUAAGAGAUUCCGAGAUUUCAUACGGAAGAUCUUCAUUGAGGACAAGUGAGCGUCAAGAGUGGUGAAAAGAAAUCAGAAUUCCCUAGACCACGGUCGAUGCUAUCGGCAAUGUGGGAGACUGAAGAAUCGGGGAGGUUUUCAUGAACGGUGAUCGAUGUCCCUCCGAUCGGUUGUGGCGGGCCACAUGGAAUAUGACCAUUAUAUAGGUGGGGCCUGGCCGGGGCAGGCCAGGUCAGGGUCGGGCCGGGACAGCCAAAAUUUGGAAGAAUUGGGAGAUGGGUAUGUGGUGUUGGGCUGAAUUUUGGAGCUCAGCCUUUGGGAAUUUGUAUAUGCCAAUGGGAGGGGUGAAUUGGAUUAUAUUUUUUCACCUUUUUUCUUGUUUUGUUUUGUUUUUCUUAUCUUUUCUUCUUUUGGGUUAAGUGAAGAAGAUGUGAGUAGGAAGAAAGAAGAAAUGGAUAGAGAGAGCGCUUUGCUUCCGAAAGAUUUCAAGUGGGGGUAUUAUUGGGAAUAAGGAAUGUACAGUGAAAGAUAGAGAGCGAUGAUGAAUUUAAAUUUUUUCUUUUCCUUUUUUUUU